GAGGGCAGCGAAACACGGAGAAAAGGAAAAAAAAGUUUGGUGAGGAGCGAGCGGGGCCCGGCGGAGCGGGCGGCGGCGGGACGCGGCGGGCCCGGCGGCAGAUUUGAUUGUUGCAGUACAGUAGCAUAUCUUGGAUUGAAAGCAGUAAGAGGAAAUCUCCGAGUUCUUCAAGACUACUGAAAUCUCAUCUGUCUGAGUACCUUACUGCUGUGAACAGAGGACUUGACUGUCAUUAUUGUUUUGCUGUAAGCUUUUCAACUCAGAGGUUUGCUUUUGAGUCCCUCAUGAAGAGUCCCUCCCCAGCAUCCUUGUAGGCCCCCUUCAGACACUGGAAGCUGCUCUGAGGUCUCCACGCAGCUUCUCUUCUCCAGGCUGAACAGCCCCAACUCUUAGGUUUGUAGAAGAAGGGAAAAUGGCUCAAGAAACUAACCGUAGCCAAGUGCCUAUGCUUUGUUCCACUGGUUGCGGAUUUUAUGGGAAUCCUCGUACAAAUGGCAUGUGUUCAGUGUGCUACAAAGAACACCUUCAAAGGCAGAACAGUAAUGGUAGAAUUAGCCCUCCUGCACCCUCUGUCAGUAGUAUAACUGAGUCCUUACCAGUUCAGUGUACAGAAGGCAGCACCCAGGAAACUCAGUCAACUUUAGAAUCUACAUCGACUCCAUCGACAUCCAUGCAGCCAAGCCCUGUGUCAAGUCAGUCACUCUUAACAGAAUCUGUAGCAUCAUCCCAACCAGAUAGUACGGCUGCGGACAAAACAGUACCUGAGACAGAAGAUUUGCAAGCCUCAGUGUCAGGGAAUGCAGAGCCUACACCUGAAGAACAAGACAAGUCGCUUGACAAACCAAAACAGAGAAAGAAUCGUUGCUUCAUGUGCAGGAAGAAGGUUGGACUCACUGGGUUCGAGUGUCGGUGUGGAAACGUUUACUGUGGUAUGCAUCGUUAUUCAGACGUACACAGUUGCUCUUACAAUUACAAAGCCGAUGCUGCUGAGAAAAUCAGAAAAGAGAAUCCUGUAGUUGUUGGGGAAAAGAUUCAGAAGAUCUGAACUGCUGCUUCUGCUGGAAUACAAAAAUCCUCUGACCAUCUGCAGAUUAAAUUGACUUGAGCUUUUUUCCUUAGUCAUCAGGAACGUAGAGCAGUGUAUCUUGCCUAGACCUUUUAAUCAUGCAUGUCAUCAGAUGAAUAGAUUUUUUGGGUUUGGUUUUUUUUUUUUUCCCCUGUUUUGCAAAUGACUCUGAACAUUUAUUUUCAUUGCAGUUUUCUGUGGCUGAAGACUUAAGUAAACUUUACAAGUAUUAUCCUUUAAGAUCAUUUUAAUUUUAGUUGAGUGCAGAGGGCUUUUAUAACAAACACGGAGAGAACAUUGGAGGGCUGUGCUUUUCCAGGAUAAAACAUGCAUGCGUUAACUUUGCAGUUUAUUUUCUUGUUGUAUAUAGCUUUUCUCUGCAGCACAAUUUCCUUUUUUUGAUAAUGCCUUGUAUGGCACAACUAGUUAUCAGUAACUGAAUGUAUUUUAAUCAUUAUGGCUGCUUCUGGUUUUUUUUUUUCCCCAUUAACGAGAGGUUAUACAUGUUCGCAUAUUAGCUUGUUUGCACCCUCUACCUAUUUAUGUAUGAAUCAUUUGUAAUGAGAGUGUGUGCUGAGAUUGUGUGUGGGGGGGGUUGGUUUUGUUUUUUUGUUUUUUUUGGUUUCGUUUUUUGUUUUUUAAAUUGGGUUUUGUUUGUGUGUGUGGGGGGGGAAGGCUGUAUGCACUUCACUGACUGCAGGUUUCAUUGGGAUUACAUCCAUCAGUCUGUCUGUACACAAAUAUGAAGAAUGAUCUGAAGUACCUGUGCUGUAUUUAUGUUUAUCCACGUCUUAACUUUGAUUAAAUAAAAUUUAAGAAAAUUGGAGCCCUCGUGGCUGUCACUGGCAUAUGUAA